CUUGGGCGGCGGGCGCUGGCCCCGGCGGUGGCGGCGGCGAGAUGUUCGUGCAGGAGGAGAAGAUCUUUGCGAGCAAGGUGCUUCGGCUGCACAUCUGCGCGGCCGACGGCACUGAGUGGCUGGAGGAGGCGACCGAGGACACGUCGGUGGAGAAGCUCAAGGAGAGCUGCCUCCAGCACUGUGCUCAUGGGAGCUUAGAAGACCCAAAAAGUGUAACCCAUCAUAAGUUAAUACAUGCUGCUUCAGAGAGGGUGCUGAGUGACACCAAAACAAUCCUGGAGGAAAAUGUCCAAGACAAAGAUGUCCUGUUGCUGAUAAAAAAGCGUGCUCCAGCUCCACUUCCCAAGAUGUCCGAUGUCUCAGCAGAAGAAAAGAAGAAACAAGAGCAGAAGGCUCCAGACAAAGAUGCCAUCCUUCGGGCAACUGCCAACCUGCCCGCCUGCAGCACAGACAGAGCUGCGGUCCAGACAACCAUGAGAGAUUUCCAGACAGAACUCCGGAAGAUCUUGGUGUCUCUCAUUGAGGUGGCCCAGAAGUUGUUAGCUCUGAACCCUGAUGCAGUUGAAUUGUUUAAGAAAGCGAAUGCUAUGUUGGAUGAAGACGAGGAUGAGCGAGUGGAUGAGGCGGCCCUGCGGCAGCUCACAGAGAUGGGCUUCCCGGAGAGCAGAGCCUCCAAGGCCCUUCGGUUGAACCACAUGUCAGUGCCUCAGGCCAUGGAGUGGUUAAUCGAGCAUGCAGAAGACCCAGCCAUUGACACACCUCUUCCAGGCCAGGCUUCCCCAGCAGGGGCAGGUACUGCAGCUGCCACCCCUGAGGCUGCUGCUGGGACUAGUGCUGGAGAAGAGGAGGAGCGGGAUGAGCUCACCGAAAUCUUCAAGAAGAUUCGCAGGAAAAGGGAGUUCCGGGCCGAUGCUCGGGCUGUCAUUUCUCUCAUGGAGAUGGGCUUUGAUGAGAAGGAAGUGAUCGACGCCCUCAGAGUGAACAACAACCAACAGAACGCUGCUUGCGAGUGGUUGCUGGGGGACCGGAAGCCAUCCCCUGAGGAGCUGGACCAGGGCAUCGACCCCCAGAGCCCACUCUUUCAGGCCAUCCUGGACAACCCAGUGGUUCAGCUGGGUCUGACCAACCCUAAGACAUUGCUAGCAUUUGAAGACAUGCUGGAGAACCCACUUAACAGCACCCAGUGGAUGAAUGAUCCAGAGACGGGCCCAGUCAUGCUGCAGAUCUCUAGGAUCUUCCAGACGCUGAACCGCACGUAGGCAUGCCCACCAAGCACCUUGCUGUGCUGCUGUAGCAGCCUGUCGGCAGGGCAGAAGGGCCGGAGGGGACCUUGCCUGGAAGCCGUCUUCAGCGCCUGGGCCUGGAUUACAGUAUCAUGCUAUCCCUCUCUGACCUUACUGCUUAUCAACUUCCGCCACGAUGGUUUGUAAGGCUGCAGUUUUAGCUUCUGACAGGUGUUUACAGAAGGUGGCUGCUGCACUGGGAAGGUGAGUGAUCACCUCCCUCCUGCUCCGUUGGGCUCUUGAGAUGCUACUUGAAUUGACCUUUAGGCGUUUGCUUGUGGAGCCCACCUGUUAUUUGAAAGAAGGCAUGUUCCAAUCCAAAGUGUUAUGUCAAGUGUGCUAAUUUAACCAGAGUGAUUCACAGAUGACUUCUUUAAUAAAUAAACCUUUUCCUAUUUCCUGUCUUCACGUUACUGAGUGCCAGCAAGGAUGGUGCAUGUCUUCUGAACAUUUGCAUUCUCUCAGGCUUAGUGAGCCUUAUGCCUCUGCCUGAGGUGGGUGUCAUUGUCACUUCAACGCUGUGGGCAUCUAAUAACUACACUGUAUGGGCAGAUCUCAUGCUGGGUGGGUGACCUGUAUUGGAACCAAGCCUCUGUUCCAGGUUCAUAGCUGGUGGAAACUGGCAUUGCAGUCAUUCCCUGCCUCUGCCUUUCCUUUUCUCUCUCUUUUUUCCCUUAAACAUUAUCUGUGCUUUAAAUUGAGUAAAUGAGUUUCUCUUUUUGUGAACUGUGCUCAUUAUCACUGCUGAAAGUAUUUAGCUCUCAGGUGUAUUUUUAAAAAUCCUCAUCUGAAGCAGAUGCACCUGCCUGUGUCCGGGAGCUCAGCUAUGGCCUCUGAGUGUGUGGGACUGGCUAGGAGCCUUAGCUCUGAUCCUCUUUGAGCCAACCCAGUUGCUUCUCUCCACUGGUUUGAAAUCAGCUAUUCCUAUUCUGCCACCAGCCCCAUGCCAGUGGGGUUUGACCUGCCAUGUGCCCUGCCUCACCUGCUGCCCUUCUUACCUGUCUUUUGGAUUGGAAAAAAACAUUUUCCUCAGCUGUUGAAGAGUCAUGGUUGAGGGAUUCCCAGGAGCUGUGGAGUUCUUGGGGAGCAUUCUAUGCCCAGUGGUGGCUCUUGGCACUGUGGUCACAUGCUUUCCCCAGGAUCUGGUUUGGGGCCAUCUUCUUGAUGUCUGUUCUUUUUUUUUGAUGGCACUGGGAUUUGAACUCAGGGCCCUACUCUUGCUAGGCAGGUGCUCUGCCACUUGAGCCACUCCACCCGCCUUGGGGGCAUCUUCUUGAUGUGAUGUGAGUGUACACGAGAUGGCGAGUGGCCAGGCUGAUGCCCACCUGUGUGGUGUUUGCACUGAGAAACUAGUAUAGUAUAGAAGUGGCUUCAGAAACAGAAUCUUCAGAGGGAAGGGGUUUGCUGCUCUCAUUGGGUGGUCCUGCAACUGUGGCUUCUGCCUAGUUGGCAUUCCUCCACUGGUCUUGUGCUUCCUCUGGCCUCAGCCUCUGAGUGUUCUUCCUCCAGUCCCAACUGCAGGUAAGUGUGGACCCGUGUUUUAAUCUGGUUGUGGCUUCAUUAUUCUUCUGGGAAGAACAUGCCCACUGAUGUCACACCUGUGACUGCCAGCCUCACUGGGGCUGCAGAGAGCAAUUCUCUGCCACUCUCACUCUGGCCACUGCAGGGCACUUGGAUUGUUGGUGGGGCCUGCCACUUGGGCAUAUGGUCUGCGUAGGGCCACUGGUGAGUGCAGUGUGCCUGGCAGGUAUGUAGGGCCAAUGUUGCAUCUCAGUUAAAUGAAACGACUGUUGAAGUCUUCGUUCUGCAUAUGGAUUUGAGUUGAGCUCAGUGACUAGUAACGAUGCUGGUUGUUUCCCCUUGUGCUCGUCACAGUGACCUGCAGAAAGGAAGAACGUUACAUGUGCCCAAGUUGGCUUUAAGCACAGCUGUCUCCUGGCUGCUGGUGGCCAAAUGAUUUCUUAGCCAGUUUGGGGCAAGUUGAGC